AUGAUCCUCAUUAGCCUUCUCCUCGCCUUACCAGCCGUGUUGGCCAGCGGCGUCACCCCCGCGUCCAAGUAUGUCCUCGGCGCACGCUCGCCCAACCUCCAGGCGCGCCAGGUCAUCGAGUUAUGUGCCGGUUCCCCAGUCUUCGAGCGCUGCGGUGGGCCAUGGUGCGCCCCACAGGGCAUGUUCUGCUGCGGCCAGGGCGCAUGCCCCAACGGCGCCACCUGCCUCGACUCGCGGUGGUGUUGCUUCGAGGGCCUCACUGAGGAACAAUGCCGGGCCAUGAUCGCCGAGGCCAGCUCGAUGGUGCAGGAUCCCUCUGCUAUCGCUAGCAUGCUCACUCGCUCGGACAUUAUGAGCAUUCUCACAGGUUCAUUUACCGGCAUUCCUACUGGGUUCCCCACCGGAAUGCCCGGCAUGCCCUCGUUGCCUGCGGGCGGCGCAGGUGGCGCAGGUGGCGCAGGUGGUGCAGGCGGGGCGGAGAAUAACGUAGAGCCAACCCAGUACGCUCUUACCUCUGGGACCGAAGGCUUUGGAACCGGAGGCUCUGGCGCCUCCCCAUCUGGCAGCACGGGAAACUCCGGCACCUCUGGCAGCACGGGAAACUCUGGCACCUCUGGCAAUCCUGGGUCCGGGGGCGGGAAGAGCAACCCUCGCGUCCUAGGAAUGAACGGGAUGAAGCGCCGCACCAUCGACCUCGACAUCGAAGUCGAGCUCAUCAACGCUUGGCUAACCGAAAUCGCAUGCACCGUUGAGUUGGUGAGCAAGUUUACCAACGAGACGAAAUCGACGAUCAAGUUUGAGAUUGGCCCGGAUGUUGCGGGUUUCGCUCUUUCGCACACAUGCGGAACUGAAGCUAACCUCACUAUGUCGCAGAGUCUGUCGGGCGGCUUAGCGGGGAUCGUCCAGGACACAAACGUCAGCCUAGACGCGAUUAUCCCGAACCCCCCGCCAAGUAACAAGAGCGCGCCAGCGGGGGAGGUCAUUAACUGGAAUUGCUGGGUGUCGUAUGUGUUCAAGCGCGACGAGUCGCGCAGCCAGCUUGACGAGACGAUCAGCCUCAUCUACGAGCUUCCACCGGCCCAGCCCCUGGGAGGCGUGGGCGGGAGCUCGGACUCGGCCAACGGAACCGGGUCCGGGGCUGGCUCAAGUGCAGGCUCUGGUACCGGGUCCGGGGCUGGCUCAAGUGCAGGCUCUGGUACCGGGUCCGGGGAUGGCUCAAGUGCAGGCUCUGGUACCGGGUCCGGGGAUGGCUCAAGUGCAGGCUCUGGUACCGGGUCCGGUGCUGGCGAUGGUGGAGCCUCAGGUGAUGGUUUGGGGCUGAGCUCUCGCCAGAACUGGGGAAGGAUCAACGGCAUCACGCUCUACAGCGACGUGAACGAGCUCGCCAAAGUCGUUAUCGGUGACAAGCUUGUCAUCGAGAGGGACCCAUCUGUGAAUGCCAGCACGGCGAACCAGACAGGUUCCGGUACCCCUGGUGCCGGUGGGACUUCCGACUCGGGCGCGAGUACGCUUGUCAUGCCUGUUGCUCUUGCUGCGCUCGUCGUGGCGGCGGCUCUCCUCGUGUAA